AUGGAGCCAUCGAAAUCCUCGAUUCAAUCUCUAGUAAGUGACAUCAAGAAGGAGAUUUUUUCAAAUGAUAAUAUCCAUGCAUUUGUUUCCUCAUCUGCCUAUGACACAGCUUGGUUAGCCAUGAUUCCUGCCGAUCCCAGAAAAUAUAACUCUCCCAUGUUCAAGAAUUGCUUGAAUUGGAUACUUGAAAACCAGAAAGAAGGGGGAUUUUGGGGCAAUACGGACGAAGAGGGUUUACCAACCAUCGAUACUCUACCCUCAACUCUUGCUUGCAUGGUUGCCCUCAAAACUUGGAAUGUAGGCCAAGAAAAUAUUGAGAAAGGAUUGGCAUUUGUUCAUGACAAGGUAGAGAUACUUCUGAAAAUAAAUUAUCAGAAUCUUCCUCGGUGGUUUCUCAUUGUUUUUCCGGCAAUGAUUGCACUCGCUCAGGCAGCCAGCCUGGAACUCGUUUUACCUCAGGGAUCAGAAGGAGUGAUAGCCGACGUUUUAUUCAACCAGCAACAAAUUCUUCAAACGGAAGAGCUUGUUGAUGAGUCACGGUAUUGGGAUCUUCCUCUGUUGGCCUACCUGGAGAGCUUGCCACCAACGUAUAAUGUCCAUCAAGAGGAAAUUAUUAAGCAUUUGAGCAAUGACGGUUCAUUAUUUCAGUCACCUUCUGCUACAGCUCAUGCGUUUAUGGCCACGGGAAACAUCAAAUGUAGAAGAUAUCUCGAGUCUCUAGUACAAAAUUGUCCUAAUGGAGGAGUACCAGCAAAGUAUCCUGUGGACGAAGAACUAGUAAAGCUUUGCAUGGUUGAUCAUGUGCAAAGGCUGGGUUUGGCUGAGCAUUUCAAUGGAGAGAUCGAGAAAAUACUUGCUCAAAUUUACAGGGAUCAGAAACAAUGCAAGUCAAAGCCAGGAAAGACAAAUAUUUUAUCACCCAUAAAAUUAUACAAGGACUCCUUGGCUUUUCGUCUCUUCCGUAUGCAAGGAUAUGAUGUAAAUCCAGGGAACUUCUGUUGGUUUCUAAAUCAUGCAGAAAUCCUGAAUCAUAUGGAAGAAAACUGUGAAAAAUUCAUUACGGUGAUGUACAGUGUAUACGCAGCCACAAAUUUGUUAUUUCCAGGAGAGUGUGAAUUAGAGGAGGCAAGAGCAUUUGCCAGAAGAAUGCUAGAAAGAUCAGUUAAAAGAAAUAGGGAUCAUAACUUUGUACUUUCCAAGGGAUUUCAGAGUGUGGUUAAGCAUGAAUUGGAGCUUCCAUGGAUUGCUAGGCUGGAUCAUCUUGACCAUAGGACGUGGAUGGAAGAAAAUAAAAUAACCCCCUUGUGGGUUGGGAAGGCCUCAUUUUACAGGUUAUCCAGUCUAGACAACAAGAAGCUAUUGCAGCUUGCUGUGGAAAAUUAUGAGUUUAGACAGCUGAUAUACAGAAAUGAAUUAGAGGAACUUAAAAGGUGGUCCAUGAAAUGGAGACUUAGUGACAUGGGAUUUGGGAGAGAAAAAACUGUGUAUAUGUACUUUGCUGUUGCUGCUAGCAUUUGCCUGCCUUUGGAUUCCCUUGUUCGAUUGAUAUCUGCAAAGGCUGGGAUAAUUAUCACAGUAGCUGAUGACUUUUAUGACAUGGAAGGUUCUAUGUCUGAGCUGGAAGUCUUGACGGAUGCCGUUAAGAGAUGGGAUGGCAAAGGAUUACAAGGACACAGUAAAACUAUCUUUGACGCCCUUGAUGACUUUGUAAAUGAAAUUACAUCAAAAUGUCACCAACAUGAAAGAAGCGAAAUCCGGGAAAAAAUUCGAGAUAUUUGGCGUGAAACAUUUGUUUCGUGGAUGGUGGAGAAAACUUGGAGCCACAAAGGGUAUAUACCAUCUGCAAAUGAAUAUCUUGAAACUGGAAUGAUAUCAAUUGCAGCGCAUACCAUUACUCUUCCAGCCUCUUGUUUCUUGAAUCCGGGCUUAACAAGUGAAAGGCUCAAACCAGCAGAAUAUGAGAACAUCACAAAAUUACUUAUGGCUAGAACCCGAUUAUUAAAUGACGUUCAAAGCUAUGAGAAGGAAAAAGCAGAUGGGAAAAUGAAUCUUGUAUUGCUCCACUUGAAUGAAAAUCGACAGGCUUGUAUAGAUGAAUCAAUAGCUCACGUCGAAGAGAUUGUGGAAAUGAAAAGGAAAGAAUUCCUCAAACAUGUUCUGUUGGAUAGAUUUGAUGAUUUGCCAAAAUCAUGCAAGAAUCUUCAUCUCUCUUGUAUGAAAGUAUUUCAAAUGUUUUUUAACUCUGCCAACUUACUUGAUAGCGAGGUAGCGCUUGUUGAUGACAUUAAGAAAGCAAUUUACCUUCCCAUUGACCACCCGUCCAGACCUUUUGUGCAGCCUCUGCCAUUAGUUCCUGAGAAGACGAAGAAGGAUGGAGUAACCAAGACCACUGUUAGUUUCCAUCGAGCCUGGAGAAAUCGGGCAAGGGUAAACAUGAUUAAAACCCCAUCUUUCGGGACUAUCGCUAUUCCAAGAGCUGGACAAGUAAAUAUCCCAAUGAGAUCUAAUUUCUGCUUCAUCUGA